CAGCCCUUUCUCCUCUCCUCCUCCCCCGCUCCCCUCCGCCGGCCUCCAGCCAGCUGCUCCCGCAGAGCCAGCGGGUGGGUGAGAGUGUGCGAGUGUGUGUGUGCGAGUGUGUGUGCGAGCGUGUGCGAGUGUGUGCGCGCAACAUGGAGGGAGGGACCGGAGCUGCUGCUGCUGCCGCUGCUGCCGCCUUUACCAAUAUCUAUACGGCAGCUUUCACUGCGGGAACGAUAGGAACUGGAAGCAAUCUUGAUGAAUCUGAAAGAAUGAUGAAGUCCUCUGUACAUACAGAAGAAGAUGACUUUGUGCCGGAGCUUCAGAGAAGCAUCCAUCCCAGAGAGAGGCCAGACUGGGAGGAGACUCUUAGCGCUAUGGCAAGAGGUGCAGAUAUCCCUGACAUUCCAGGGGAAUUGCCACUCCGGACCUGUGGCAGCACAGCAAGUAUGAAAGUGAAGAAUGUGAAAAAAUACAUCAACCCGGGACUGAUGGGCUGUGAUGCCUUUCACAGGUUAUCCUUUACAAAGGGUCAUUUCCCGAAGAUGGCUGAAUGUGCACAUUUCCAUUAUGAAAACGUGGACUUUGGCAACAUACAGCUUUCGCUCCCGGAGGAACAGAAUGAAGUAACAAGAAACGGCUGUGAAUCCAAGGAACUGGUCUACCUGGUACAGAUCUCUUGUCAGGGGAGGAGCUGGAUCGUGAAGCGGAGUUAUGAAGAUUUCAGAGUACUUGAUAAACAUCUUCACCUAUGUAUUUAUGACCGGCGCUUCUCCCAGCUCUCCGAGCUACCCCGCUCCGAUGCCCUGAAGGACAGUCCGGAGCUUGUCACCCAGAUGCUGAUGGCUUACCUGUCACGUCUCUCAGCCAUCGCAGGCAACAAGAUAAACUGUGGGCCUGCUCUCACAUGGAUGGAGAUUGAUAACAAGGGGAAUCACCUGCUAGUCCAUGAGGAAUCAUCCAUUAACGUUCCUGCUAUUGCUGCUGCCCAUGUUAUUAAGAGAUAUAUUGCUCAAGCAGCAGACGAACUGUCCUUUGAGGUGGGAGACAUAGUGUCUGUUAUUGAUAUGCCACCAAAGGAGCUGACCACAUGGUGGAGAGGCAAACAUGGAUUUCAGGUUGGAUUUUUUCCUAGCGAGUGUGUUGAACUAAUUAAUGACAAAGUUCCUCAGUCCGUGACCAAUUCUGUGCCAAAACCAGUCUCCCCUGCCCACGGAGCCCGUCCAGCGUCCUGGAGCUACUUCCCCCCUUAUUUGGAGAUGGAUAGUGUAAAGCCAGGUUCUGCAUAUGUUACAGAGGCUCUGAACCAGUCCCAGCUGAGCUCAGUGUCGAAAAAACACGGCAAGCUCAUCACCUUCCUUCGUACAUUCAUGAAGUCGCGCCCAACAAAACAGAAACUGAAACAGCGGGGGAUCCUGAAGGAAAGGGUGUUUGGCUGUGACCUGGGAGAGCAUCUUCUCAACUCUGGCCAUGACGUCCCCCAGGUCCUCAAGAGCUGCACUGAAUUCAUUGAGAAACAUGGCAUUGUGGAUGGAAUAUAUCGUCUGUCUGGGAUCGCGUCCAACAUCCAGAAGCUACGCCACGAGUUUGACUCCGAGCAGAUUCCUGACUUGACAAAGGAUAUUUACAUCCAAGACAUUCACUGCGUGGGCUCCCUCUGCAAACUGUACUUCCGCGAACUCCCGAACCCUCUGCUGACCUAUCAACUCUACGAGAAGUUCUCGGAUGCUGUUUCUGCUGCUACGGAUGAAGAACGGUUGGUUAAAAUCCAUGAUGUCAUCCAACAGCUGCCCCCUCCUCACUACAGGACACUGGAGUUCCUAAUGAGACACUUAGCUCGUCUCGCUGAUUACUGCUCCAUCACAAAUAUGCACACUAAGAACUUAGCAAUCGUCUGGGCUCCAAACCUCCUAAGAUCAAAGCAGAUAGAGUCUGCCUGCUUCAGUGGAACAGCUGCCUUCAUGGAGGUGCGGAUCCAGUCAGUAGUUGUGGAAUUCAUCUUGAACCACGUGGACGUCCUCUUCAGUUCCAAACUCAGCUCAGUCAUACGAGAUGGAGCAGGGCACAGUUCUUUAUCACGGCCCAAGUCUCUGUUGGUGUCCUCUCCUUCCACAAAGCUGCUCACGCUGGAGGAGGCACAGGCACGGACACAAGCCCAGAUCAACUCUCCCAUCGUGGCAGACAGCAAAUACAUAGAAGUGGGAGAAGGCCCUGCAGCUUUACAGGGGAAAUUCCACACGGUCAUAGACUUUCCAUCUGAAAGAAAAAGACCGCCCAGCAAGAUGAAGAAAUCGCCAGUUGGCAGUUGGCGUUCCUUCUUCAACCUGGGAAAAUCAUCAUCUGUGUCCAAACGCAAACUACAGCGCAAUCCCAGUGAGCCCUCGGAAAUGAAAGCCAUAGCCCUGGCAGGUGGACGAGGAGACAGUGGGACUCUUCGCUCGGCUAAAAGCGAAGAAUCGCUUACCUCUCUGCAUGCUGUUGAUGGUGAAUCUAAACUGUUUCGACCCAGAAGACCGAGGUCCAGCAGUGAUGCGUUGUCUGCUUCCUUCAACGGAGAGCUCUUAGGAAACAUGAAUCGCUGCAAUUCUUACGACAACCUUCCCCACGACAACGACAGCGAUGGGGACGAGGGGCUCAUCCACGUUCCUGCCCUGAUUUCUCCUCGAUCUGCUGAAGACGUUGACCUGAGCCCACCAGAUAUCGGAGUCGCCAGCCUGGAUUUUGACCCAAUGUCUUUUCAGUGCAGCCCACCCCAAGCAGAGUCCGAGUGCCUGGAGAGCAGUACCUCCCUGCUGGAGUCAGUCGGCAUAAAUAAGGAGAAGCCAAGCCUAGUAAAGAAGGAUUUAGAAUCAGGCAGCCAGUCCCAGACACCAGGCAGUGCCACGAGCUCUGAGCCAGUCUCCCCUUUCCAAGAGAAGAUGAGCCCCUUCUUUACUCUGGACCUGAGCCCAACCGAAGAGAAGGCCUGCAAACCCCAUGCCUUUUCACCCAAGGUGGGGCGAAAGCCCAUCAAAUCUCCACCGCUGACUACAUCAGAACCCGUCUCCUUCACGCUGCCCAGCCACGUGUCAGAAGCGACUGGAGGAGUGCCCAUCGCAUCCAGAAACGCCUCUGCUUCCAGCUGGAGCAAAGGGAUUGGCAUCACUGAAAUCACAAACAGGUCCCCAACCCAGAUGUCCUUGCCCCUGAAAAACAGUGAAACAGGAGCAGGGGAAGGAACCCACCAAGAGCUACAGCAUGCCCAGCUAGUGGCUGCUGGCAAACCCGAGUUGCCAGAAGAAGGGGAGAGACCAAUGUCAAGCAGUCAGAAUAAGACUGUACCCACUGGACACACACAGCCAGGAGCAGUUGCCCUCGACUCCCCCCAGGAUCCUGUUCCCGUCAGUUCUGUGUCUCUUAUCCCUCCUCCUCCUCCGAAAAAUGCAGCGCGCAUGCUAGCCCUAGCGUUAGCCGAGUCCGCACAGCAAGCAUCUGCUCAGUCUCAGAAAAGGCCAGGAGAUGCUCAUUCUGAAAGCACAAAUUACGGAGAGACUGAAGCUGGCACAGCUCUAGAAAAGCUCCAUCUCUCUGCUGGUGCUCCAGACAAGCUCCACCUGUACACUGGUCUGCCCGAGAACCGACUUCACUUCCAGACUGGUGCACCAGUAGAGCAGGAUUUCCAAGGUAGCAGCACACCCGGGGAGCAGAACCACCCACCAGGUGCACCUGGAAACCGGGACCCCCCACCUCUCCACACUGGCAUGCCUGGGGACAUGCCCGAUAGCAGAGAUGCGGAGCAGGAGCAGUCCAGCUUCCAUCCCGGUAAAGCGGGGGACAAAGAUCACUUCCCCUCCCAUGCUGGAGACUGGGAGCACACACACCACCAUACUCCACCUGCACUGCCUGACUGGGAACCACCCACAACAGACUUGUCCGUAGAUAAGGCCCACCUCCGCGCAUGCGUGUCUGGGGACAAGCACCACAUUCCUAUCUGCACACCCGAUGACAAACUUCAGUCUCCUCCUGUCGUAACUGCCGGGGAGAAAAGCACCCCCCUGGCUUCAAUGCCGUAUUUAACCACCAUCCAGACAACAGCAGCUGAGCCUAACCGCGGGCCAGCAGGGCCAGCCACGACUCAGGCAGACGUCGCCGUUACAGCUGCGCAGCGCACGCUCGCAGCCGGCCAGCCAGCCCCCUCGCAGAGGCAGGACCACCAGUCAGCAAUGGGACAAGUGCCAGCGGCCUCCGCAAAAGCAUCGAGUAGUUCCAGUCAGGUUUGGGGUGCAACCGCACCUGAAAAGCCACCUGAGCCUGCUCCUGUUUUUGUCUCAGAAAGCAGUUCUACCACCCGCUGCUCCUCUUCUGUGCCCACGGGCCACCAGGGCCAUUUGGAAAAGCCUCGGGAGACUACGAGGGCUCCCCCGCUGCACCUGCGGUCCGAGUCUGUCCCUACUCACUCCUCCUAUGGCUUUACACCCCCCGUCCCACCUGUGAGAACGCUGGAGAGCAAAAUCGCUGCUGCCAUGCACUCCAACAACACGGACACCGUCAACAACUCCAAUUAUCACACCUUCCUGUCUUCCUCCAUGCUGGCUUCCUCCGUGGAGGAAGCCCUGCUGCCGCCACCACCGCCGCCCCCCCCCCCCAAGCACGCUUCCCUGCAGUCCGUGUACGUGCCGCAUCCCAAGCCAGAGAGCAUCCCCGAGCCCUCCGGGCCAGACGGCUACCUGCACCACAAGCUGGCUUCCAUCCAUCAGUACAGGCCCGAGAGCGUUCCUCCUCACAUCUCCUACCACAGCAAGCCCGACCAGCACCAAGCCUAUCCUCCUCGGUCAGAGACGCCCACUUCUGCGGGCACUCGCUACAACACCUACGCGACCCAGGGGAAGAGCACCUCGGCUCUCCACUCCAAGCCUCGCAGCCGGACAGAGUUCGUGUCCUCCGUGAGCCCAACGGGCCUGCGUAACACCAGCUACGCUGAGGACGCUCCACCCUACCCCACUAUCCGAAGGGUUCAGUCGCUGCACGUCCCCACCCCCGCUGCCUCUGCUAUCCGCUCCGUUCCCAUUUCACGGACCGAGGUACCUCCGGAUGACGAGCCGGUGUACUGCCCGCGGCCCCUCUAUCAGUACAAGCCAUACCAGCCCCACUCCGACUACCACGUAACUCAGCUGCAGCCUUACUUUGAGAACGGGCGGGUACAUUACCGGUACAGUCCUUAUUCCAGCUCUUCCGGAUCCUCUUACUACACCACCGCUGACGGGAGCCUUUACGACCUGGACCCCUACAGCACUGUGCGGGUCAGACCUUUCCACCCCCUCCCCGGCCGAGACUUUGCACCGUACGCCUCCCGGCUGCAAAGCAAGGGCCUGUACCGCUAUCCCAGCUUGUCUGCCUACCCCCGGGGUGGCCUCAUCAGCCACCUAGCAGGCAAAGAGCACAGCUUCAUCAGCAGAGACGUGCCUCCUGCGCCGGACAUCAAGCACACGUACAUGUCGUGGGACCUCGAGGACAUGGAGAAGUACCGCAUGCAGUCUAUUCGCCGGGAGAGCCGCACGCGCCAGAAAGUGAAAGGGCCCGUGAUGUCCCAGUACGAUAACGUGGCCCCGCUGCUGCAGGAGGAACUGGGAGGGCUGGAUGUGAUUCACUUGCGCAGCAAAUCAGAUCCCGGGAAAACUGGCCUCCUCACGGUGGCAGAGGGGAAGGAGGGGAGGUACCCGGCCAAAGCAGCUACGCCCGAGGGGGACGAACGUUACUACAUGCAGCACCCCGAGCCAGAGCUGGACAGAGCCCACUACCACGGCGCCUACGGGAACGGGCAGUCGGAGAAGCCGUCCCUUCCCCAGAAGCAGAGCAGCGUCCGGAAUAGGAAGCUGCACGAGCCGGGCUGCAACGCAAACGAACACAGGACGCACUUGCAGCAGGAAGCCAGCCACAGGCAGCCUUCCGAAUCCAAAAACGGGCCCCCUUAUCCCGACUACAGGCCCAAAGGUGGCCCGGAGCCCUCCGAGCCCCUCGGUUACCAGCACUCGGGCAGCAAGUACAUCCCGGCGAACCAGGAGACCCUGAGACUGAACCACAAGGAGGUGAGGUUGGCAGAGGACAGGCCGGAUUUGGAGAGGUCUCGAGCCAGGCCCACCACCACAUCCAUGGAGAAACACUCCAGAGACUGCUAUAAAGACGAGGAGCACGCCGCCUCUCCCAUGGCACCACCGCCCAAGCCCGAACGGAGCCACAGCCUCAGAAUGCAGCACCCCGAAACCAUGGAGAGGGACUCUGCCCUCCUCUACCCAUACCAAACCCUUGGGAAACGCCAAAGCACUAUGACUGUGGUGUCCCAGUAUGAUAAUUUGGAGGAUUACCAUACCAUGCCUCAGCACCAAAGAGGGGGCUAUGUUGGAGGAGGGGGGUUUGUGCCCCCCAGUUUCACCCACGUGCACAGUAGAACUUACGCCACGGCCCUCGGCCAGGGAGCCUUCCUCCCGACGGAGCUGUGUUUGCAGAGGCCUGAAACGGAGGUCCACGUCGAGUGAGCUGGUGCGGGGGGAAGGAGGGAUAGAGUCUAAGCAGCCUCUGCUGGACAGCGGACUGUUUUAUUUUUUCAGUGAUGGAAAAAAAAAAAAAAAACAAACCCAACCCUGCCCCGAUGAGCAAAGCAAACCCACCUUCAGCCCCACCCCUACCAGCCCACCACUCACUGUUUUUAUGUAGUAGAGAUAUAGCUUUUUCAUGUAGUUUUGAGACAACUGGAACGAUAGGGCAGGCUGUUUGGCACGCAGUUGUUGCCAGAGAGGCCGGGAAGAGCUGAAAGAGAUGCUGUUGGGGCAGGGGGCGGGAAGGAAGAGUUUUUCCUUCCCCAGAUUUGACAUUGGCAGUUACCACCGCUUCCUCGCCACACCUCCGUGGUCCUGCGCAUGACGGACUGUGCAUUCAGCUGUUCUCCCUGUGAGCCCCGUGUGUAGUAAGUUGCCCUUCCCACUGCUAGCUUCCAAGAAAGGGUCUCUGACAUCCCUCGGAAGAACCACUGUUCUGCCCCCUCUGAGGUUACGCAGCAAGAGCGGGCUAAAAGCUGGGCAGGGGGGAAAGACUUCCCAAGUAUUUUCUUCUUGAUGAAUGCCGAGGUCCUGCCUCUCCCUUGGAAAUUACUGCUUAGGCAUAGUGGAUCCACUUCAAUUGCUUUGAAGUGGGUGGGAGCCUGUUUUGACUUCAAGCCCGUGGAGCAGGCUCUGAAGCAAGUUCAAAAUACAACGCGCUUCUUAAAUUGCUUGCUUAACAAGCUGCUUCUGACUACAAGAAAUCAAAUUACUUUAAAUUUCUCUAUUAUAAAGCAGAGGCCAGCUAUGGAAGCCAAGUAGGGCAGGUUUGCAUUUCUCAUACCAAAAGCAGUAAAACGCAAAAAUACACCAAACCAUACACACACAGUUGGGAACAGCACACCCAUUUCAUGCCAAUACCUCUUUACUGCUAGGCUAUCUACAGUCCAGACGAUUCAAUACCACGUUGUGGCUGGCCAGACAGUAUCAUCUCUCUACAAAAAAAAUACUAUAAAAAUAAUUUAAAAAAAAUCAUCUCUAUAGCAUUAUGUCCAGCUUGUAAAUUGGAGCCCAACUUAUCGGCUGGGAAUAACUGUGUAAGUGCCGAGUUAUCUGCAUGACCAGCUGUUUGCCCUGGGCCAGAUCCUGCAGCUCUUAGAUCAGGGAAUGCUCCUAUUGACCUUAAACUGAAGGUCUACAGGACACGGCUUUCUGUAACCUUUAAGUUCUGUAUUGGCAAGGGGAUCCCUGUGAAGUUGUGGCACAUACAGAGUAGUUACGUGCCGUCUGUGCGCUGUGAAAUAGCAUUGCCUCCCGUAUCGCAAGCGUAGCUCCUACCAGUAGUCAGUUAGCAGUAGGGACAGAAGGCCAGUGCACUCUAUAAUACACUAAUAACAUUGUCCUAAGGUAUUUAAAAGCUUUCUGUAUUGUAAAAGAAGCCAGGCAGCAUCUCGCGUGCAGCCUCUCAGACUUCUUCCCAGGACGCGCUACAACCCCACCUUAUAAAUAAAGCACAUCCAUUUCGUCAGACGGGGCUUGCAAGCAAUACUUGAGAUUUAGGAGUUUUUAAAUGUUCGCUGAUAAAUUCCAAGGCCAUUCCUGUUCCGUGUGGUUGAAGAACUUCUCUACCUGUUUUAAAUCUCCAAUGUUUUAUUAAAAACCUGGAGGUCCUGCUGUUAGCACACAGCUGUGAAAGUUAAAGGGACCUUAGAUAGUUUUUUUGAACAAAAGUUUCAUGGCUAUUUUGGGGCUUUUAAGUCAUACGGAAAAUCUGCUUCUAGUAGCUAACUCGUCUUUAGCUGUUUGCUUCUUCUAAUCUUGUAGCCUUGUCUGGGGCUGUUUCAGUAACACUUCCUUAUGGUCCUCUUUUACUGUGCAACGCUGUUGUUUCAAGCAUUUUGUUUAGAAGAGUUGUUCUUACAUGUUACGGAAAUAAAUCUGGCAGUCAUAAAAAAAAGAGAGGAAAAAAAAGCAGCACUGUGAUCCAGGUUACCACAAUCUCCUUGUGAGUAAUUACCAGGUAGAGGGGUUGGUUUUUGGUGAGGGAAUGCUUUUUGUAAUGUUUUCUUUUAAGGAAAACUAACAAGAAAAGAAGUACAUAAAAGAAAGGGGCCAUUAGGUGAGCCACCCUGUCUACAUUGCUAGCUAACUCCCUAGGAAAGGCUGACCUGUCCAGAUUCCUCGGUGCAAGCUCGCCAAGGGAGUCCAGUUUAAGUAUGUGCUCUCCCGCUAGAGGCGUGUACUGCGUUAGGACUAGUACCAGUCCUCAACCGUUGUAGCACAGUCUCCCCACAGCUGCCAGUUACCUGCCAAGGUCUCCAGUUGAAGCAGGGACAACGCGUUUGGUUCAGGCUAUUUGGGAUUCAGGUAAUGAGAGCUGUAGGUCAAACCUCUCUCUCCAUGAAAGCCUUAACUCCCCACUCCUGCCCCCCGCAGCAACUCUCCUAACCUCCAUUUUGGCCUUACGUUAACCAGGACUAUCCUUCUACUACGAGGGGGCCGAACCCAGCCCCCACUAAUUGCGAACGCCUCUCUGGAUUUUCCUGCUCAAAGCCACUGUCUCCCUCUAGAGAUCAAGUGCCAUCCCUGGACAACUUCUGGUCCUUACAGUCUUGUGCUACUACUGCCUGAGCCUGGGCUCUUCAGCUCACUGCAUUGUACGAAGUGCCAGGUGCUAAGCGCCCUCUCGUCCCAUAGGAAACAAAAGCUUUCAGCACCUUUCAAAAAGAGCUUCUAGAAGUGCACACCCAUACACCCAGGUGGCUGCUACAAACAGCCUUCCUCUUGAGAACGAGAAGGUCUCCGUUACAAAAAGACACACAGCAGAAAACUUAAUACCCAGCGUCCUCCCAUCCCUCUGCACACAGCCACAUCA